GGUACAGAAGAUAAACAAUAAGUACUUAGAUAAAAAAUGUUGCUCAAACGUGAAUUAUAAGUGAAUAAAAUAAAGAGUGAAGUGCAUGAAUCAAGAUGGAAUUACAAAUGGAAGUGUUUGUGACUAUAUUAAUGACAAUAAUAAAUAUAAUAAAUACGUGUGAUGCAGGCAGAGUGCAGGCUGCGGUUAGCUUUUUAACAAAUUCUUCUUACCAAGAGAUAGAACUGAAGUCAGAGUCCAGUCUAUCACUGCGAGAUAUUCUGCCAGAAAAAGCAAAGUUCUACGAUAAGAAUAGGGCGCCGAAGCUCCAGGGUCAACCUACCAUCGUCUACUUUCAUGUCACUGUUUUGUCACUGGACUCCAUCAAUGAGGAGAGCAUGACGUACGUAGCAGAUAUAUUCUUAGCACAAUCCUGGAGAGACCCUCGGUUACGGCUUCCGGAGAACAUGCACGAGGAGUACAGGAUCCUGGAUGUGGACUGGCUGAACAAGAUCUGGAGACCAGACUGCUUCUUUAAGAACGCGAAGAAAGUGACCUUCCAUGAGAUGAGCAUACCGAACCAUUAUUUAUGGUUGUAUCAUGAUAAGACACUGCUGUAUAUGUCUAAGUUAACCCUGGUCUUAUCCUGCGCCAUGAAGUUUGAGUCAUACCCUCACGAUACACAAAGCUGUUCUAUGAUGAUCGAAAGUUUAUCGCACACGGUCCACGAUCUGGUGUUCAUCUGGAACCUCACAGACCCUCUGGUGGUGAACCCGGACAUCGAACUGCCACAACUCGACAUCUCCAACAACUAUACAUCUGACUGCACCAUUGAGUACUCCACAGGUAACUUCACCUGUCUAGCAGUGGUGUUCAACCUUCGCCGGCGUCUCGGCUACCACCUGUUCCACACUUACAUACCUUCAGCGCUGAUCGUCGUAAUGUCCUGGAUCUCUUUCUGGAUCAAGCCUGAGGCUAUACCUGCUAGAGUCACCUUGGGAGUCACGUCAUUGUUGACACUAGCAACUCAAAACACUCAGUCUCAGCAAAGCCUCCCCCCGGUCUCCUACGUCAAAGCCAUCGAUGUCUGGAUGUCAUCCUGCUCUGUCUUCGUGUUCCUCUCACUCUUCGAGUUCGCUGUGGUCAACAACUACAUGGGGCCUGUUGCCACUAAGGCCAUGAAGGGGUAUUCUGAUGAAGAUCUGUCCAGGGACUUGGAUGCUUUUAAGCACAUAUUCCCCAACACAGUGGACCCUCGCGCCAGUACAUCAGCCUCCAUCCCUCAGUACGAGACCUUCUGCAACGGGAGGGAGACAGCAGUAUACAUCGAUCGGUUCUCUCGCUUCUUCUUUCCGUUUUCCUUCUUUAUAUUAAACGUUGUGUAUUGGUCUACUUUCUUGUGAUAGAUCCUUAAGAUCCCAAGUUAGAAGUUAACCAAGAGAUUUAAAUACUUAAGAAAAUAGUCAGUAUGUCAUUUGUAUUUAACCCGUAUUGAGCUAAAUACUCCAUUUUCUAAGAUUCUGUGAGGUAAUUUGGUUUAGAAUGGUUUAUCAAUGGUUACCCAUCCAAGGACCAUCCCCGGCAAGUGUAACUUAACUUACGUCAGUUAAACCGGUUACGGAAUAGUCAUCUUUAUUUUUUACUGUUAACAUAUUAUUUAUGUAGUUACAAAACAUGUUAAUAAUUUAUUGUUAAAUCUGUACUUGGUAGAAUAAAUAUAAGAUGUUGAAUAUUGGACAUUUUAUUUUAUUUUUUAUAACUCCUG